AUGGAGAACAGUUUAGGUAGCCUCUCUGAUCCAGAUUCUGAUAGCAUCCACCAAAUGGACGUCCACCGUCUGGACGGACUCUGGAAUCAUCUUAUCCGAUCAGCCUCGAAACUGUCCAAUUUUACUACCUCCGGAAUCGAUGGAACUGUGGCCUUCAUUGAUCCCCUGAGGCAAAUUCUUGACCUCUUCAUGGAAGUCGUUGCAGCCAUUCAAGACGAAGUCGUGGUUAUUAAACUUCUCUGGUCUCUUGACAGGGGCAUCGAACGGCGACUCUUCACCCCUUUGAUCGUCGUCAAUGCCAUAUUGCCAAGACGUGAGCUGACUGUCGAAAAUCGAGUAUUCUUCCGCUCUGUGUUCAGGUUCUUGCUGAAGCUUGUAUUUUUUCUCGAUUAUAAGAACAAUCGAUUUGUCUUCAGCAAGACUAUUGAAAAGUCAUGUCUAUUCUACGCCCCAUCUUCUAAAGGACGAUCUCUCUAUGCCUAUGACCUUUACCCCGCCGUUGAGCUUAUCCAGGUGCUUCUUUGUCGCGAAAUCAACCUCCUCCCGGCCUACUUCACAAUGCACGAACUAAACACCAAAUUCAGGGGAGACAAGAGUACUCGGCCACAUAAUCUGAUAGAACCGGAGGUGGAGCGAUUUAUGGCGGAAUUCGACUUCCCUCUACGAAUUUUGUACUCGUAUCCCCACCCAAUGAGCCUCUGCUUUGUCCUGCUGAGGGGCCAAUUUCAGCAUUUUAGCACUGGUGCUGUGGGCGCAGCGGGUCAGGGCGCAGCCACCCCCAAGACGCCCACCUCGCAGCAUCCGCACGCCUGGAGGAACGCGACGCGAGUCGACAAGGUGACCUGCCAACUGAUCAUCCGGUGUCUCCUGUGGGCUCAUCAGGCCCUUGCGGUGCGCGCAAACGCCAACCGCGAAUGUGCGCAGGCCUUCGUGGACACCGACCACAAAGUUACGGGUCUGCUGUCUCCCCCGGCUUGGAGUACACUCGAGUUGCUUCACGAGGCGGCGAUGAAGGAGGCGGGUGACAUCUCCACCUACACCGAUGUCGAUUCUGCGGACUGCAUUCGCGCGGCGUACGGUGCUGACGCCGAAAUCCGUCUGGCGUCUGCUUUGCAGUCGACGUCGGAGGACGGUUUUCCUGACCUCGAGGACCACCUCGCUCGUAUCAUGGAGCCUGUCGUUAAAAGCACAGAGAAGCACGGUUUGCAUGGCUCGCCCUCAGCCUGGCGUUCGUGGCGCACGGAGGAGAACGUCAAUCCGCAAGCCGCAGGACUCUAUGCGGUUGCCAUCGAACUCAUGGUCCUCCAUCCACCCUCCGACACCUCUCGUGUACUCGCGGCGGCGUCCGCGCUUAUCGAGUGUCUUCGAAAACGGUCUGGAGCUGGUAACUUUACUAACUGGCUGAAUGUUACCGGUGCGCUCGUCUCGAUUCUGCCGUUUGUGUUCCGCCACAACAUUUUGUGUCAAAUCUGCAACCUCAUCCACGACCCAUGCUUUGGCGACAGCGACUUGUGGCCGUCAGCUCUGGUAACAGUGAAGAUGGGCGACAGCCCCUCACCCAGCACCUCUCCAGAACCACUUCGAAGGCUUCUCGAGGUGUUCCGUCGUCGCCGGUCCCUCACUGGGCAGCCGCUGCCGCUCACUGUCUUCGAGGACGAAGUCGAAGACCCAAACGACGGCACCUGGGAAGUUCUGGGCAGACCACACGCAUCGGCUGUGCUGUUUUUCGAAAAGAUUCUUCCCCCUCAAUUCCCAAAAGGACAGGAACUGCCCAACCACAAUUUCAAAGCCGCCAUUUGGCAUGCCAUUUGGAGCCAUGCCAAUUUGAACGAGAAUCCUACGCUACUGCGGGUCUUUGAUGAAUUCGUGCUGAAAUACGUGAACAACGAGGCCAAAUUGCUAAUGGCCUUUUCACUGAUCACCCCGCCAAUGAAAGCACUGAAUACCGACAAUUCGACCAAAGUCGUCGACUUGACAGUGAGUCUCUACAAGGCGGUUCAACAAGUUGACGAGGCUCUAGCCGCAAAGAAUGUGCCCAUGUAUCACGUGAACACCAUUGCAGAUCUGCUGUAUCAUAUCAAGUACACCUUCGUAGGGAACGCGGUUAAAGAAAAGGUACAGGGUUUGCUUGGGCAAAUGCGGCCGCGGCUACAGGCCUGCCUCAAGUUCGUUUUCCCCACACCCAUCACCACGAAUACCUCACCUACACUCCCCCCUGGGAACGCCAACGACUCCGCGCCGCACAACCCGGUGCUCUUUCCUGUUUUCGAAGAACGGGAGUACCGAGCUGCCCUUCGACCUCCCGCCUGCCUCGGCGAUGAUUUCUUUUGA